AUGCGCUUCCUGUACGCUUUCACGACCAUAUUUGUCCUCGUAUUCUUAAACUGCGGCAAGGCCAUGGGAGUGGGUCGAUCAAGCCAUGAGAAACCAAGCUUGGUUUCUACUAAUCACGCGAGACUUCUGAGGGGAGGGAAACUCUCACUCAUUCCUCCCGAGUACAACAAUGAAGCGAGAGCGCUUGCCACCACCUCGAACGACUUCAGCCGCAAGAUAUUGACAGAGAUGCUGGGCGACAAAACCUUGAAGGCUGCGAAAUUCAACGAGUGGGCACAAAACGGAUUCAAAGCAGACCACAUCAGGACGCUUGUGAAGUCGUAUCAAGACCAUACGAAGUUGUACCUUCAGUAUUUUCUGCUUCUGCACCCGCAAGCGUAA